GUGCGCAGCCCCGCGUACCCUUGCACCUCUCGCCAGGCCUUCGGCCCUAGCGUGGGGUUGCCCCCUGAACAUCAUAUACACCGGUCACCGCAGGUCGCACGAUGGCAUAAACAAUCUUCCUCUCUACGCCCGGAGCAAUCUUUAAUUAUACAAACAUUGUUCCCUUGAUACUAACGCCUUGCAUUCAAUCGAAGAGCUGCUGUUUGAAACAGUACUUCCACCUGAGAACAUCUCGACUUGAGUACCUCCAAAUCUGAAUGAGCUCCAACUACAUUAAGUACAUACAAAAUGUCGUCUUUCACACAAUCGACGCCUGUCGGUUUACCACAGUCACCUCGAGCAAACCGCCAAAUGCUUCUCCCGCUCGACACAUCAUUCUCGACACAAGAACCAUCCACACCAUCUUCAUCAUCAGAAACACUCUCGAGCCAGUCACAACAACCAACACCCAAUAUACGGCACCGCAACCGCGACUCCUUCAUCUUCAUAAACGCAACUAUCCCUCUUAGCCCCGCAUCUUCAACAUCGAAUGACUCUGCUAGCGACGCUUUCCUUCAAGGCCUUGCCCCACGGAAACGCGAUGGCUUUGCUCGCCUCUUCUGCUGCUUUGGCCGCGAGGAACGUGCAAGGCGGCGAGAGCUGAGAGCGACUCAGUUUGAGAAAGUUGGCGAGAAGUCUCACUGGUCUGAGUACUGAGGUCUCUGGACCUCACAGGAAUGACGGCCUAUUACCUUCCAAGUAUGGAGCGACGAUCGGCGACGACAUUCACUAGGGGGGCCUUCUACAAAAAUUACAUCAAAUUCCGCACCGCCAUCUUCUCAUGAUGGAUGUUGAUGGGCUGAUAUGUACCACAUCUUCUUUAUUCU